UACGCUUGUGUGCGUGCUUCUUCCUAUCGGGUUAGUGCCGUCGGUAUUGCUGUAAACAUGGCGUCCACGGCAGCUGGGAAGCAGCGGAUCCCAAAAGUGGCCAAGGUUAAGAACAAAGCCCCAGCAGAGGUACAGAUAACAGCUGAGCAGCUACUGAGAGAGGCCAAAGAGAGAGAACUUGAGCUGCUACCUCCCCCUCCUAAACAGAAGAUCACAGAUGAGGAGGAACUCAAUGACUACAAAUUGAGGAAAAGAAAGACCUUUGAAGAUAAUAUAAGAAAAAACAGAACUGUCAUUACCAACUGGAUAAAGUAUGCACAAUGGGAGGAAAGUUUAAAGGAAGUCCAGAGGGCUCGGUCGAUCUACGAGCGUGCGUUAGAUGUGGACUACAGGAAUAUCACGCUAUGGUUGAAGUACGCAGAGAUGGAGAUGAAGACCCGCCAGGUUAAUCAUGCAAGGAACAUCUGGGACAGAGCGAUCACCAUCUUGCCCAGGGUCAACCAGUUCUGGUACAAAUACACGUACAUGGAAGAGUUGCUGGGUAACGUGGCGGGCACAAGGCAGGUGUUUGAGCGUUGGAUGGAAUGGCAACCUGAAGAACAGGCAUGGCAUUCGUACAUAAACUUUGAGCUCCGAUACAAAGAGGUGGACAGAGCACGCUCUAUUUAUGAACGAUUCGUCAUUGUUCAUCCUGACGUGAAGAACUGGAUCAAAUAUGCACGUUUUGAACAAAAGCAUGGCUACAUUGCACACGGGCGGAAAGUCUAUGAAAGGGCUGUGGAGUUCUUUGGCGAAGAGCAUAUGGAUGAAAACCUUUACGUCGCGUUUGCCAAGUUUGAAGAGGCUCAAAAAGAAUUCGAGAGAGUUCGGGUCAUCUACAAGUAUGCCUUGGACAGGAUAUCAAAGCAGCAGGCCCAGGAAUUAUUUAAAAAUUACACAAUUUUUGAGAAAAAAUACGGUGACCGAAGAGGUAUUGAAGAUAUCAUAGUCAACAAAAGGCGAUUCCAGUAUGAAGAAGAAGUCAAGGCCAAUCCCCAUAAUUAUGACGCCUGGUUUGAUUACUUGCGGUUAGUGGAAAGUGACACAGACGCUGAGACUGUUCGUGAAGUGUAUGAACGAGCCAUUGCCAAUGUGCCACCCACGAAAGAGAAGAGACACUGGAAAAGAUACAUUUAUCUCUGGAUCAACUACGCCUUGUAUGAAGAGCUAGAGGCAAAGGAUCCAGAGAGGACCAGGCAAGUGUACCAAGCAUGCUUAGAAUUAAUCCCACAUAAAAAGUUUACUUUUGCAAAGAUCUGGUUGCUGUACUCACAGUUUGAAAUCAGACAAAAAAAUCUCCACCUGGCUCGUAGAGCGCUGGGCAGUUCUAUUGGUAAAUCCCCCAAGCAGAAGCUUUUUAAAGGCUAUAUAGAAAUGGAACUGCAGCUGCGUGAGUUUGAUCGUUGCCGUAAGCUUUAUGAAAAGUUCCUGGAGUUUGCGCCAGAAAACUGCACAACUUGGAUCAAAUUUGCAGAGCUGGAGACGAUUCUGGGUGAUAUUGAACGAGCCCGUGCAGUGUACGAGCUGGCCAUUGGCCAACCGCGACUGGACAUGCCUGAAGUUCUAUGGAAGUCCUAUAUUGAUUUUGAAAUUGAACAGGAAGAGUUUGAAAGAACCAGAAAUCUUUACAGGAGGCUUCUACAGAGAACACAGCAUGUUAAGGUAUGGAUCAGUUUUGCACAGUUUGAGCUGACCACUGGCAGUGAGGACACCUUGGCUAAAUGCAGGCUGAUAUAUGAGGAAGCAAACAAGACUCUUCGAAACUGCGAAGAAAAGGAAGAACGUCUGAUGCUGCUUGAAUCUUGGAGAGGUUUUGAGGAAGAAUUUGGGACGGAUUCCACCAAAGAUAGGGUGGCCAAACUUAUGCCAGAGAGAGUUAAGAAAAGGAGAAAACUGCAAGCAGAGGAUGGGUCUGAUGGUGGUUGGGAGGAAUAUUACGACUACAUCUUUCCUGAAGAUUCCGCCAAUCAGCCAAAUCUCAAAUUGCUUGCGAUGGCCAAACUUUGGAAGAAACAGAAGAAAAAUGAGGAUGAAGGUGAGGAGGACCCCGAUAAAGAUAUUGAUGAGAGCUCUUCGUGACACUGAUUCGUCUGUCUUUGUUUUUUGUAAUAUCCUUUUUUACUUGUACAUAACAUUUGUUCAAAACUGAGACAUGUUUCCUUGAGAAAAUAAAAACAAUUCCAAAGGA